CUAUUGCUGUCAAGUAAUCAAAAAAUUGUAAGAUUAAUUAAUUAUGAUCUGCAAUUAAUUGAUCUAAUUAAUCUAUAUUUUAAUCAAAUCUAAAAAGUGCAGAGAAAACCCCUAUUUUCAUUUUUAAUUCAUUACAUUAUUGAGGCAACCUUUUAGUUUUGACGACCAGGGGGAAUAUCACUGGGGUUUUUGGGGGGUAAAUCUCUAAAUAAUAAAAUAAAAAUAGAACAUCAGGUCCAUAAAAAGUGCUUAGGUUAACAUAUCAAAAAGAGUAAGAACAUUUUUCUGAGCAAUACAAGUACUCUUAGGAUAAUAAAAAAUAAACAAGAGCCCCUUAAAUCACAGUGCAAUGUAAAUUAGCACUUCAGAAAUAACACUGUUCAUCAUAAAUAAAGUGCUGAAAUAAACAUCAACCACUUCUGGUUGGCUACUGAGGACACAGCAACUAUGCUGACUUCAUGCCUAGUACGCAAGGUGUUCUCCUCGAGUUUAGUUUGGUGAAGCGCUUUGCUUUAGUUCGCUAUAUUGCUAACACUUUUGGUGCUAACUUUAGCUGUGAAUUAACUUGCGACUGGGCGCUGUGCAUUAAUGGGGGAUGCUAAACUUGAGUUCCUUAGGUGGUCAGUAAACUCCUUCCUACAAAUUUGGCACAACACUCUACUUUUAUCAAUAGUGCCGUCAGGGUGUUUUUGAAAAGUAAAUUUUUCAUUCAUUGUGCCGAGAAUUCUCGCAUGCUCCCCCAUCUCCUCUCCUCACCGCUGCUUACUGAGCCUGCCCAACUCCAAUGGGAGCCAAUCAGUUUAUGCUCAACAAGCCCAAACAUAAUGACAGCUAAUCAAUGUCCGUCUCAGGCUCUGACUGACAGUUGUUUGACCACCCUCAACUACUCGAACACAGGAAGCCAACACAUGAAAAGGGAGAUUAUAAAAAGGCAAUCAACAAUAAAGUUAGAGAUUAAUAUUUAGAUUAACGCGAUUAAAAAACAUAAUGCGCUAAAUAUGAUAGCAAUUAAUUAUUCACAAUUAACGCGAUAAAUUGAUACCUCUAAUUGUAACAAUACGCUCUUUCUAUUUAUACGUUUCCUUGCCUGUAGAUUCUCAGUUAAUUAGCACAUGGUUUUCCACAAAAGUUGAAACAAGGCAGCUAGACUCUUAAUAACUGUUGAAAACAUUUCACCUUUAAUGCAAAAGGCAAAUUGCAAUUGCAAGUGCGGAGUCACCCUAUUUUUGUCUUUAGUGGGUUGUAUCCCAUCGAGGUCGCUGCUUGAUGGUUGUUCUUUUGUGAAUGUUUAGUUUUCCUGCUGCUGCUUUUGACCAGUGAUUGCUCUUCACUUUGUCGGUAUGUCUUUGCAUUAAAUACUUUUGUACUUUUGAGUCUACGUUUGUGGGAUCUGAUUGCCGUUCAGUUUGUUCCCGAACUGUGUCAACAGUAGUGCUUGAACUUGCAUAUGAGCAAAUUUACAAGUUCCAUAUGAUUUUUUUGACUUGUGCUGCAAGCAAAGAUUUGAGUUACGGAUUCAUUUUUAUCCUCAACAACCAACUGAAGUAAAAAAAAAAGAGCAAUGAAGGUGGAAUCUCUUAAAUGUAACCACAAUUCACCAACAAAUCAAUUUACAAUCUUUUCACAAUUGUUGCUUGAGUUCGUGAACUAUACUACUUGACAUCUAGGCACCGUAAAUGGCAUCGGCUCUGUACAUUGCAUUGUCAGGUAUCUGUUUUUUUCCCCUUUCUGUACAUUUUUGCCAAACCUCUUGGUUUUGGCACCCGAAGAAAGUGAUAUUACUCAGCUGUUACUGGCGACAAUAGAAGCUGGUCUUUACGUGUACUUAUGAUGUUUUGUUAUAUUUUCAUAUUUCCAUUUUAUAGUCUUAUUUUUCUUUGAUUUAAAAAUAUAAAACUACUUCAAAAAUGCACUGUGGUGUUGUAAAAUGUUGAAUCCACUGUAAGAUUAUGCACAGUUUGAGCAUUUAAUUCAGUGAUUCUCUCACAUACCCCGCUUUGUUACAGUUGCAGCGGUUGCAAAAGCGCCAUAUCAAUAAAGAUGAGUUGAUUUUAACUCAGGAAGAUAUCAGAGAGAUCAUUGCUGCUUUUGAACUGAGAAAAAUGAGCAACCAAGGACGGAAGCCUCAACAGUGAGGUCCACCGAAAACCUACCCACACAGAUCAGACCUAUUUUUUGACCUCCAUCUCCCAAACCCUACACUCUCAGACCAAGCUGUUGCACCCCAAGGACAAAAGCAACCUCAGCAAUGUUGAAUACAGUUCAGUUUAGCGUAGUUUGGUGAGGAGUGCAGUGUCUUCUUGAUUAGAGAAACCAACAAACCCCAACACGGAACACAGGUCAGCCUCUACAGGUCCAAAGUCAGCAAUUCGUUUGCAACGCACCGACAAAUAAGGGACUGUCCUUGAGGACAACAAUGUUUAAGUUGAAAUGUCUCUCACGACUAAGAGUCAGUUCCCGUGGUAUAACGUUGGCGGUGUUCUUUGGCUUGAAUUUGUUACAAAUUUGUUGUUUGCGGUUUUGGGCAUGAAACAAUUGUGGACAAGUGAUGUUUUCCUUAAUUCUGACAUGGGGGCGCUUUGAUGAUGCGUCAAGGAGCUUUUGACACAGGACAUCAUUGGGAUGUAAUGGCAUGACCCAAUCUUGCGGCAUGCCACCCAAGUUCCCUUGCUGCAUGUCAUUUGUGCCGCGACCCGGCAGGACUACAAAGUGUCACGAAAUGGUCAAAAUUCAAGAUGAAUUGUGUGGAUGGUAGACUUACAAGCAAGUGCGUAGAAUGUGUGUACGAGGAACUGCGACAGACCCGAGGUCUCAGCGACGCACUUAUAAUAGUCGACCAUGUGGAGUUUCACGUCCAUAAGAUCAUCAUGUGCAACUGCAGCCCGUAUUUUGGAGCCCUCUUUCUACGUUGGUCCACCCCAGACCAGAAGGUCUAUGCCAUCCAAGGUCUUCCAGCUCACUUAAUGCAGCUCUUCAUUGAUUUCGCGUACACCGGUUAUGUGUUGGUGACAGAGGACAAUGUCAAGGACUUGUUGAUAGCCGCUGACAAAUUCAACGUCAUAGGCAUUGUCGAAAUCUGCUGCGCGUUUCUAACAGAACAGCUCUGCCCGGAGAACUGCAUCGGCAUCUGGCAGUUCACGAGGAACUGCCACACCCCUCAGCUGCAGAGCAAUGCCUACAAUUAUAUUUUAUACCAUUUUGAGGAGGUUUCUACAUCGGAUGAGCUGCGGCAACUCUCCAUGCAGGAUUUGAGUGACAUGCUCGACAGAGACGACCUGAUCGUGAAAAAGGAGAAUAUUGUUUAUGAGGCCAUCCUACACUGGAUUGCACAAGAGCCUUGGGAGCGGGGCAGAAACAUGCCGGUGCUCCUAGCCAAGGUCCGUCUUGCACUGACCAGUCAGGAGUACAUUACCAUCAACGUGCUGACAAACCAGCUGGUGCAGAACAGCCGUGAAUGCCAGGAGAUGGUCUCCUUUGCGUCACGCGUCAUUAGUCACAUGGCGAGAAACUCUGUGUCUGCAUACUGCAACUUGGUGGCCCGUCCUCGCCUGCCUUCCGCUAUCCUGCUGGCCAUUGGUGGCUGGAGCGGUCCAAGUGCCACUGAGUACAUUGAGGUGUAUGAUGUCCACGCCAACUGUUGGGACUAUCUGUUCGACAAUAUGGACCAACCCCGAGCGUACUGUGGCGCCACCUUUCUCAAUGACGCCAUCUAUUGUCUGGGUGGCUUUGAUGGCACGGAACACUACAAUACUGUCAGCCGCUUUGACCUGAGGACGCGCACCUGGCAGGAAGUGGCGCCUAUGCACUCUCGCCGGUGCUAUGUGAGCGUAACAGUGCUAAACGGCUGCAUCUUUGCAUUAGGGGGCUAUGACGGACAUGUCAGACUGAGAACUGCGGAGUACUACACGCCAGAAACCAACCAGUGGACUCUUAUUACAAGUAUGCACGAACAGAGGAGCGAUGCCAGCUGCACCACUCUCAAUGACAAGAUUUACAUUUGCGGCGGCUUUAAUGGAAACGAGCCCCUGCAAACGGCUGAAUAUUACAGCCCAGAGACCAACGAGUGGACAGUGAUGGCCCCAAUGAGCAGCCGUCGUAGUGGCGUUGGGGUCAUUGGGUUUGCUGACCAUGUUUAUGCAGUUGGCGGUUACGAUGGUGAAGUCCGUCUGACCAGUGCCGAGGCCUACAACCCUCAAACUAACAACUGGAUCGUGUUGCCCCCCAUGCAAUGCCCCCGAAGCAACUUUGGCAUUGAAGUAGUGGAGGAUUGUCUCAUUGUUGCUGGGGGUUACAACGGCGUCUCCACCACCAGCCACGUGGAGUACUAUGACCUCACCACUGGUCUGUGGUCUCCGGCUAGCGACAUGCGGAUUUCCCGUAGCGGUCUCACUUGUUGUGUGAUGACCGGACUCUACAACAUGACCCAAUGUGCUAUCAUUCGAAAUGAUCUACCAUUGCUCUUCCUGGAAGAUGAUAUGGCAGAAAUGGAUGAUGAUAUCUAAAUUUGAAUUAUCAACUGCCCUCAGAACGUAAUCGCAACCAAGAGGGAAAAAUGAAUAAAAGAUGAAAAAAACUCAUUACAACAAAAUAUGCUGAGUCAUACUUUAUUUUGUCAUUUACACUGAUAUGUGAAUAUUUGAGAGAAGUAUCUUAUUUAGGGAUCAAUAAAAUGUUCAUUUGGA